AUGACGGCUCCCGGGAAGGGCGCGCCCCGGGCCCUGCCGCUGCGCCUGCUGCUGCCCCUGCUGCUGCUGCUGCCGGCGGCGUCCCGUGCGGGCGCCUCGGAGGAGGAGGAGGAGGAGGUCCCGGCCGAGUGGGUGCUGCUGCACGUGGUGCAGGGGCAGGUGGGCGCGGGCAACUACAGCUACCUGCGGCUCAACCAUGAGGGCCGCAUCGUGCUGGCCAUGCGCAGCCUCCGCGGCGACGCCGACCUCUAUGUAUCGGACAGCACCCUGCACCCCAGCUUCGACGACUAUGAGCUGCAGGCCGUCACGUGCGGCCGCGACGUGGUGGCCAUCCCCGCGCACUUCCAGCGCCCCGUGGGCAUCGGCGUGUACGGGCACCCGUCGCACCGGGACAGCGAGUUCGAGAUGAAGGUGUAUUUCGACCGGACAGUCCAGCGACACCCGUUCGGGGACUCGGCCUACUCGGACAGCGAAGCGAGCCACACGCACGCCUACGACCCGGAAGGCGCGUCGCAGGAGGAGGAGUCCCUGCUGUGGACCAUACUCAUCAGCAUCUUGAAACUGCUCCUGGAAAUCCUGUUCUGA